GCCGAGCCAGUGCCGCGCUCCCCGCAGCCGUCGGGACCGGCACAGCCGCCUCGCUCUGUCCGCGCACCGCUGGCCCCACCGAGCGCCUAUGGGCAUCUGCAGCCGGCCAGGGCUUCGCACCACCGGCAGCAGCGGCAGAGGGCGGCGACCGCCACCCCGCUUCAUCGCCUCUUGGGAUCUAUAGCCGGCGGACGGAGCGCGCUGCAGACCCUUCCCCGCCUUCGUGCAGGAUGGUUUGGAAAUUUGCCCUGUCCGUUUUUCUGAUGGCAGCGCUGGUUCGAGUAACGGACGCCAGGAAAAGCCGCCCUGCAGGUGCCAUUCCCUCCCCGUACAAAGGCAGCGGCAGCAACCACUCGGAGCGGAGGCAGCAGCUGAACAAGGAGGUGUUGGCCUCCAGCCAGGAGGCCCUCGUGGUCACCGAGAGGAAAUACCUCAAGAGCGACUGGUGCAAGACGCAGCCGCUGCGGCAGACUGUCAGCGAGGAGGGCUGCAUCAGCCGCACCAUCAUCAACCGCUUCUGCUAUGGGCAGUGCAACUCCUUCUACAUUCCGCGGCACGUGAAAAAGGAGGAGGAGUCCUUCCAGUCCUGUGCUUUUUGCAAGCCACACAAGGUCACCUCUUCGACCGUGCAGCUGGAGUGCCCUGAGCUGGACCCACCGUUCCGACUCAAGAAAAUUCAGAAGGUCAAGCAGUGCCGGUGCAUGUCUGUGAAUCUGAACAGCUCAGGCAAACUGUGAGAACAGGAGGCAUCUCUCCAGCAAGGAAAGGCUCCUUGUCACUUGCCUACUGGAAUAACACUUUUUAACCGGCUGUGUUAGGCACUUCACCAUAAAGUUUCAUUGCAUUUUAAAUAUCAUCUGGCAGUUGAAUCUUCUGGAGUGGAGCAGGCUCACAGAAGUUGGGAUUGAUCAUCUAAGUGACCAGUUGGCUGAAUCCAGCAUUAAAUGUUUCCACUGUGUGGAGUAAAGCCCUCUGCCCUACACUCCAGUUCCCUCCACAAGUUGAGAACACCUUCCCUGUGCUUUGGUCUGGAGCUUGCUUCUCUCACUCGGAAGUGCUGGGGUGCUGCCCAGGACUGGGGGACACAUAUGAGGGAGAGUAACAAGGAGAAAUAUGUGAGACUUUCCAAUGAGGCUCCGCUCCUAAAGACGGCUUCAAUUGUGCAAUGACAAAUGGUUCUGGGCUUGUUGUCUGAACUGCAGAUCAGAAGCAAGGGGAAGAGGGUGAGGCACUGGGUCAGCCACGGUGACCACAGAGCAGACUGAGGGUGGGUUCUGAUGCUGUUGUGGUUAGAGUAUAUUGAACACAUGGCCUCUGCAGCAGUGUUUAUUUUGUAACCUAGCUAUAGUAAACAGCUGUUUAAAGUAUUAUAGACCUAGCCAUGUAUAUUUUUCUUGUGGCAGAGUAUGCCAGCGAUUAAAAUAUGUUAAGAGACUCAGUUGUUAGGUUGGCUGCCUGGGUUAAAAUGGACAUGGUUUUACUAUGCUUUUGGUAGGUUUUUGUAUGUUAGAUAUGUAUGUGUGUUUCUUACUCCAAAAAGGACAACAUCCAUUUAUGACCUUAUAUUUAUGCCUGCUCAAACCAGGGGAGGUGGAAGGGUAGUGUGGGGACACAUCAUUCUGCUUAUGGGGAUGAUGUGUCCCCAAAGGUAUAAAAGCACUGUCACACAAAGGACAAAGUUGGUCACUGCUAGACUGAAUACAAAAGCUACAUAAGUGUCAUCAAGUUUUGGGAGUGGUGUCUCUCCCAUGAUUGGAAACCAUGUUAAUGUGUUAAAGGACAAAUGCCUCAAUCAGUGCUGCUGGAAUAGGUCACAGCUGUGGGAGCAGGGAGAGAGUAAGUUGUGAUUGCUACACUAUUGGUGGUCCACUCAGUUUUUGAGACCUGCACAAUAAGUGUUGGUGAAAAACUUGCAGUUCAUUUUAAAUCAUACUAUGUUGUUAUUCAGUUGGAGUUUAACAUGUCCUGUAUAUCCCAUUUGUUACAGUUCUGAUUUGUAUUAGUCCCACCUGCAUUAAAAUCCUGUCUCAAAUCAGUCCCUUCCCCCAAACCAAAGCCAGUGCACAUGCAGUUGUCUGAAGCUUACAAAUUAAAAAUGACACUCUGACUCCCUGUGCAUGUCGCACAGUUCAGCAUCUGCAGCCUGCUGCCAGAGCCCCUCCCCACCAGCCUCUUUGCAUGCAGCCACUUCAAGGGGUUAAUGAGUUCAGCACUGUCACCAGAUGGGGCUUCAGAGCUACAGGUCCCCAUUAUGUGAUACAGGCCUCCCUAAGAGGCUUUGAGAACCGAUCUCCAAAAGAGCUCCAAGCAGUUUACAGGGACUGCUGUGGGCAGGGUGAGGUUGGUCGGGUCUGGCAGCCCUAUUACAUGAACAAACAUCGCUUUUCUGCUGUGACCUUCCAACGCGUCAGAAGUGCACAGGGAGACUCCUCACACAGGGAAUGCUUUAGGGGCUGUUGCUGCUGCAUCAUGCCAGCCCCAGGAUGGGCACAAUUCAGACUAGUCUUGAGAGCGUCGGUGUGGGUGGGAUGCAGAUGGGGAAGGUGGCAAUAUAGUCUAGUAAGACUCUGGGGAUCUCAGUCUUCACUUAAGGGAAUCAACUGAAAGUCAGAUAUUUUAGAUCAGAGAGAGAAAAGCACCCUAGUAAAUUCACUUAAGAAAAAUGUGCAAGAAUCUUUACCUUCAAGCUAUGCCCUGCCUGGAUUUUUCAGCAGUUUGCAAUAUGAAUAUGCUGCAGCUUAAAGCUCCUUCUAGGAGCUGUGUUUAUGUAAAAAACUGAGUUGAGCUUGUACUGGUUAAAACUGUAUUUAAUUCUUGUUUUAUAAAUGAAAAAAAUGAAGAAAUGCUUUAAGUAUAAUGUAAUUAUUUUAUAGGUCAACUAUUAAAUUAUAGAUAAAAUAAUUAAGUGACUCUAGGGUUAUAUGGCAUCCAGGUGUUUUGCUUCAACAGUUUGUGUCCAACUGCUCGCUAAUCAUUAUAUUCUCCAGCUUCCUUUUCAUCCUCCUAAAUAUAGGUGAAUUAUGGCUCACCCUGACAGCUUGGGAAAACCUAACUACUUCUCCCCUUGUUUCCCACUCCUCUCAGAAGUACCUGGAAGGCAAGAGGGAAAAAUAAAAUGCAUUAUUCUUAGA